AGUUGAGCCAUCAGCGGAAGCGAGUCGUUCGUAUCUCAACAGGGAGCAAGCAAUUUGAUGCUAUCUUGGGAGGGUAAGUCGUAGGCACUAUCGCCAUGUAAAGAACUACUGACGGUCUUAGGGGUUUCCAAAGCAUGAGUAUCAGCGAAGUAUUUGGAGAAUUCCGGUGUGGGAAGACACAGCUAUCCCAUACUAUGUCCGUUGUCGCACAGCUUCCAAAGGAAAUGGGCGGUGCAGGCGGCAAAGUUGCUUACAUUGAUACCGAAGGCACGUUUAGACCGGAGCGUAUUGCUCAGAUUGCCGAACGAUUCGGCGUUGACGCUGACUCCGCUCGGGAAAAUAUUGCCUAUGCGCGGGCUCUUAAUAGUGAACAUCAGCUGGAGUUGUUGAACGUCCUGAGCAAAGAGUUCACUGGUGGAGAAUACCGUCUUUUGAUUAUUGACAGCAUCAUGAAUUGCUUCCGGGUGGAUUACUGUGGGCGCGGAGAACUUGCGGACCGUCAGCAAAAGCUUAAUCAGUUUCUGAUGAAGCUCGCCCAUAUGGCUGAAGAAUUUAAUGUUUGCGUCCUAAUGACAAAUCAAGUCCAGAGCGACCCUGGUGCUAGUGCCCUCUUUGCGGGUGCAGAUGGACGCAAGCCUGUGGGUGGGCAUGUUCUAGCGCAUGCAUCCACAACUCGAGUUCUUCUUCGCAAAGGCCGCGGCGACGAACGUGUUGCAAAAAUCCAGGACUCACCAGAUUGCCCGGAACAAGAAGCGACAUACGUGAUCACUAAUGGCGGUAUCAAUGAUCCCGAUAAGGUGUAGAAUGCAAUAACUCUACCGUGAUGCACGGAUCAAGACGAGCAGUAUAAAGGGCUUUAACAUUGAGAAAAGCUAGUAAUCGGUUUUCUUCUGAGGAUAGUACCGUUUGCUUUGAUGAGCGUAUUAAGUGUACUUCAGGUGUCCACUAGUUCCAUGUGCAUGUGGUUCGCAGGUAGUCUAGAA